AUGAAUUUGUUAUUGAGAUCUGACGACACCAUCGUCCCAUCCCCCUUACCACAGGGUGCUGGCUAUGCGGUAGUUGUGGCAGUUGGACUCAUAUUUGCCCUUGGAAUGAUUGGAAUAACAAGAUUAUUGAAGAAAACCCUCAAUGAAGACAACAACAAUGUUGAGACUUUCAUGGUCGCCAAUCGAUCAGUGGGAACUGGUCUUGUUGCAUCUGCGGUGGUAUCAUCGUGGUUAUGGAGCACAGCUUUACUUAGCUGCGUCUUAGUGACAUACCUAUAUGGAAUCUCUGGAGGAUUCUGGUAUGGAGCUGGAUGUACACCCAUGAUAGUUUUCUUCGCAUAUCUUGGUGUAGUAUGUAAAAAACGUAUUCCAGAGGCACAUACUGUUCUGGAAAUAGUUCGAAUCAGAUAUGGCACUGUUGCACAUCUUGUGUUUACUUUCUUGGCUGUUGUAAAUAAUUUUUUCAACACGAUCAACAUGAUCUUGGGUGCUGCCGCCGUGAUCACCUUUCUGACAGGUAUCCACAUUAUGGCCUCAACGUGGCUACUACCGGUUGGAGUUGUUCUGUAUACACUUGUUGGAGGCAUAAAAGCAACGUUUCUAACGGAUUAUAUCCAUACCUUUGUUAUUGCUAUCUUGUGCUGCUAUCUGACGACAAAAACCCUUACCCAUCAUGAUGUCGGCUCAAUCGACGGGCUAUAUGACCUUGUGGUCAAGGCUCAGCCUUUAUACGAAAUUGAUGGAAACUAUCAGGGAUCUCUCCUGACAAUGAACUCCCAGCAAGGAAUAUUUUUUGCCAUUAUUUUGCUUGUUUCAAAUUUUGGUGCUGUCAUUAUGGAUACAAGUUACUUCAUUAAAGCAUUUGCUGCAUCUCCCAAGGCCGUGGUGCCUGGGUAUGUAGUGGGUGGCUUUGCGUACUUUUCUAUCCCGUGGAGCCUCGGAACAAUAAUGGGUCUUGCGGCUUUGGGACUGGAAAGCUCUCCAAUUUUCCCAACGUAUCCUCGUACUAUGACAAGCGUGGAGGUAUCAAACGGUCUUGUGCUACCAUAUGUAGCAGUGGCAGUAGCAGGAAAAGGCGGUGCGGUAGCAGUGCUCCUUAUGACAUUCAUGGCAAUCACUUCAACACUAUCCGCUCAGGUUAUUGCAGUGUCAUCCAUCUUCACCUUCGACUUUUACAGAACUUAUAUCAACAAAAAUGCAGGCAACAAAGAUGUGAUCAAAUGGAGCCACCUGGGAGUCAUUCUCUUCGCUGCUAUCUCGGCUGGACUGACUACGGCGUUUAAUUACGGGGGUAUUAACAUGGGGUGGACUCUCUAUAUGAUUGGAGUUGUAACAUGUCCGGGAAUUUUCCCCUUGAUCCUCACGAUUUUGUGGAACAAGCAAAGCGGUUUGGCGGCCGUUAUUUCGGCUAUAGCUGGGCUGGCAACAGGUCUUGGGGUCUGGCUCGGAACUGCACAGGCGUUAUUCGGUGAAGUAACGGUUGACUCUACUGGACAAACGCUGCCUUGUAUGUACGGUACUGUGGCCUCUGCUCUCAGCCCUUUGCUGUACACGAUUAUCUUGUCGCUCAUCUGGCCGGACAAUUAUAAUUGGGCACGAUUUACAGAUGAAAAGCCGUUGCUUGACAACGACGCAUCACCCGAAGAAUCGGAGCGAGAAGCGCCAAUCCGUCAAAGCAAUAAAGGCGGUAUUCUAGCAAAUGCUUCUGAAGUUGUGUAUGAUCAAACAGAUCUGAGAUGGCAGCGAUAUGCACUAUUCUGGUCGCUCUUCUCUUUCUUUGGAAUUUGGGUGCUUUGGCCCCUGCCGAUGUACGGAGCAAAGUACAUCUUCAGCAAAGUAUUUUUCAGAUCAUGGGUUACAGUCUCACUGAUAUGGCUGUGGAUAAGCCUUAUUAUACUCGGCUUUUAUCCAUUAUAUGACGGACGAAAACAGAUCUUCAAAGUAUUACGGAGUUUACGAGGUUAG